CUGUUAGUAGCUUUUUUCGAAGUUCUCAAGCGUCAUUUUCUUGGUAUAGUUUGUUUUACCAGUAAAAUGCAUUUUGGUGGAAGUAAUAAGUAAAACAGUCAGUUACUAACAGUAUUUAGAAAACUCUUCGGGAUUACAAAAAUAUGCCAGUUAACAUUUGAAAGAAACAAAAAAAAUAUAGAAAUCGAACAACCAGACAUAAACCUAAAAACAUAUAUGUUAAGUGGCUGAAUCACGCCGAAGAAUGAAGUACAAAAAAAUAACCCGCUUUUUAAUUGUUUUGCUCUUUUAUAUCUUCACUUCUAGAGAUUUAACUUUCAUUCUCGUCUGUGGUUCACAGUAAGUUGUAAAAAAUAGGCAAUUAUAUAUUAGGCUACAUCAAUUAUUGUAGGUUUGCUACAAACCUGUAUGCUGUGAUGGUCAAAUUUAAAAUUUAAAACGAUUUUCCCUGUGUCGUUAUAGAUGCUAGAUGGAAGAAGCUCGCAACACAGUUUUUCUGCAGACGUCUCUGCCAAGUUGAAGGAAAUACAGAGUUUGUUAUGAACACAAGCAAAGCUACAGUCGAACUUGUCGUCGACAAGAAGAGUUUCCAGUGGUGUUACAUUGAGGUAGAGAGAAUCGUGAAAAACAAAUCGUAG